AUGGCUAAAAUAGUCAUGUACGGAAAUGGAAGUGUUCAAAAGGACUUCAGGAGAAUUCCAGGGAAUGACAGCACCGUGUCCGGGCUCAUCGUCCUGGGCCUGCCGAACCGCCCCGAGAUGCAGCCCCUACUUUUCGCCAUCUUCCUAUGCAUAUACCUGGUGGCCGUGAUGGGCAAUGGUCUCAUCGUGGCCGCAGUUUCUCUCAGCGCGGCCCUGCACACGCCCAUGUACCUCAUGCUGCUGACAGUUGCACUGGUCUAUGUCGUGUGCACCUUCUCCAUCGUCCCCAAGAUGUUGGAGACCAUGCUGGGGCCCCGGAAAAGCAUCUCCUACCACGGCUACAUGGCCCAGCUCUACUUCGCCACCUCGUCUUUGGGGACCGAGAUGGUCCUCUUCACCGCCAUGGCCUACGACCCCUGCGUGGCCUUCUGCUUCCCUCUCCUCUACGCCGCCAUCAUGAGCCGGGGCCUCAUCCUCCGGAUCGCUGCCCUGCUGGCCCUGUCCUGCAGCCCCGUCUGGGCCAACGAUGUGAUGGUCUUCGUGGCCGACAUCGCCCUGGCCAUGGGGGACUUCCUGCUGACCUGCCUUUCCUACGGCUUUAUUGUGGCCACCAUGCUCUGCAUGCGGAAGGCCGAGGUGGUCUCCCUCUACUACUCCCCCGUCAUCUACACCUACAUCCAGCCCACGUCCUCCUACUCCUUGGACAGGGACAAGGUGGUGGUGGUCACGCCGACCCUAAACUCCAUCGUCUACAGCCUCCGCAAUAAGGAGAUCCAGGCGGGCGUCCGGGAAGUCCUCUGCUCUCUGAAGCUCCGGGAAUAG